CAUCUCUCCACUCUAUUCCAGGUUGGAUAUAUACCAAGUCACCAUUAAACAGAAACCUACAACUAGAGUCAAUGAGCUCAUCUUAUCUAUCAAGUUUACUAACUCCUAAUGGCAUCGGCAUAACCGUAUUCUGCUUGCUGUCAUACUGGUGGCUUGGAACGACUCUUUUAGCAUGGUACCGUCUCCGACAUGUUCCUGGCCCCUGGUUCGCAGGACUGAGCUACAUAUGGAACGGGUGGAUUGCCUACAGUGGUAAACAGCAUCAUGUGUUCGUUGCUCUCGACGAAAAAUACGGCCCACUUGUCAGAAUCGGCCCGGAAGUCCUACUCACUUCAGAUGUAGAGCUCGUCAAACGCAUGUCAGCGACGAAGAGCUCAUAUGGCAAAUUCUCUUGGGUCGAUGGCGUGCGCUUCAAUCCGUACCACGAGACCAUGUUUGCAGUGCGAGACCCUCAACAGCACGAUCGUGCAAAAGCACGACUUGCGCCCGCAUAUAGUGGUCGUGACACGCCCAAUCUUGAGGGCGCGGUAGACCAGCAGAUCAACAGCCUGAUAUCCUUGAUCCGUCGCAAAUAUCUCUCGGAGUCGAUUUCCGGUGUCUUCCGCACCCUGCCCCUCCUCAAUGUCUUGUCUUUUUUCACCCUCGACGUCAUUUCCAAAGUGGCACUCGGUACUGAGUUUGGUUGCUGCGCUUCUGACUCGGACCCGUAUAGGUUCUAUGAGGGCUUGGAUGAGCAUAUGCCUUUGAUGGCGCUGACGAGUGAUGUGCCGUGGAUCCGAGCCGUAAUGUACUCGACUACGUUUCUUAAGUACUUUGGGCCGCGCGAGACUGAUACUCAUGGCAUCGGCCCGUUGAUGAAAGUUACGAAUGAUAAUGUCCGACAGCGCUAUAGUCAAGACCAGACGAAGAAGACAGAUAUGCUGAGCUCGUUCAAAGUGCAUGGUCUAUCAGAAGGCAACGCGCAGUCUGAGACCCUUUUCAUGUUUGUUGCAGGAUCCGACACCACUGCAUCGGCAAUGCGAGUCACACUGUUCUACCUCAUGUCGUGUCCCCGCGUCUAUCGGAAGCUCAAGGAGGAGAUUCGAGGUGCUAUACGCGAGGGAAGGGCCUCAAGUCCGAUCACUGCUGCUCAGGCACGAGAGUUGCCUUACCUCCAAGCAGUUAUAUAUGAAGGUCUUCGUAUGCGGCCAGUGACAACAGGACAGCAAGCCAAAGAGGUACCUGCGGGAGGCGACGCCAUCAACGGGUACUUCGUUCCAGGUGGCACAUCCAUCGCCAUCAAUUUCUCUGCUAUCUUAGGUUCAAAGGCUCUUUUUGGCCCAGACACCAAUGUCUUCCGACCAGAACGCUUCAUUGGACUUUCAGCCUCCGAUCUCGCCGAGAUGCGCCGCAAUGUGGAAAUGAACUUUGGGUAUGGCCGGUGGAUGUGUGCAGGAAAACCGUUGGCGUUUAUGGAGCUUCAGAAAGUCUACUUUGAGUUGCUACGGGCAUUUGAUUUCCAGCUUACCGAGCCUCUUAGUCCUUUGCGUUCUGAAAGUUACGCCUUGUUCCGUGAUUUUGGACUUAAAGUGCGUGCUACGGUGGCAGAAGAUAUGGACUAGGUGUUGGAGGGCAUAAUACGAGAGAUGGGAAGGUGACUGAUUUGGCCAUAUAACAACAAGCGAUGUCGUGGAUGGGUAUUGUGGGAAGAUAAUGAUGGAGUUGCUGCUUACAAAAUACGCGCUGUUAGGAGUAUGAUUGGCCAUAGUCAGUUUUUCAACAAUCUUAUUAAAGUCGCGUUUCCUAUAAUAGAC